AUGUACUACCCCUCUGACAGCUUGGCUAACACAGUGUCAGAAUUUGGAUUGACGUGCGAGUACAUACGUGAGCGCAAGAAACGCGGAAAGGCAUCGCGGAAGGAUCUUGCCCAACAGCAGGCUGCGACCGCCGCAGGAGGCACUGGUGCGCCGAAGUCAGAGGAUUCCAGCACCCCGCAAUCGUCGGAGAAAGCUACCGAGUCUGUUCACGGCAAUAGUCCCAAGCUUCCUGAAGGCCAACGAUCUCUGCCUGAGCUACCUGGUCGAUCGGCCAGUAUUGCGACAACACGACCCGAGAUGGAUACCGCGUCGAUGUAUCAGAACAGGACGAUGAGCAUGGGCGCAAUCGACACUAUGCCAGAAUCUGAUAUGCAUCAUCAAAUGACCGAGAGCAUGCAAUCCAUGCACCCCAUGCAGCCGCCCCGAUUACAGACUCAAGGGCUGUCUAUGCACAACCCCAUGCCCGAGUACACGUCGAUCGAGGAGUACCACCAGAGCCUUACCUAUCAGUCGCCACUCCAAAUGAUGCAGCCUGGAAUGCAGCCCGUUGUACCUUCGCACGGCCAUGGGAUGGAGUACUCUGAUAGCCCCUACAGUAUGAUGAGCCCACAAAGCGCACAUACACAAGCACCCACGAAUACCUUCAGGAUGCCCGAAGAGGCAUCCAACAUGGGUUACAUGCCUCAAUCACCAGUUGAUGGAUCGCCUGGUUGGAUGCUGCCUUCACCCUCUACAACGAUGUACUCUGGCGCACAACAUCAGAAUCCCUCUCAGCAGUUGAGAUACCCUGUUCUGCAGCCGUUAGUACCACAUCUCGCAAAUGUCAUGCCGAUUUCACUAGCUUGCGACUUACUAGAGCUCUAUUUCCAGAGUUCAUCAACUGCGUUUAUGCAACCAGUCUCCCCUUACGUACUAGGCUACGUCUUCCGAAAGCGCUCUUUCCUCCGCACCAACAACCCCCGCGUGUGCAGUCCAGCACUGCUGGCAAGUAUGCUCUGGAUUGGCUGCUUGACAAGCGAAUCUCCAUAUCUUUCCUCAUCGCCAUCUGCGCGGAGCCAAUUAUCGGAGAAACUCAUCAACCUUACCAUCAGUCUCUUGAAGCCUCUUGUGCAUCAACAUCCAGGUGGUUCCGAUGCCAGUCCGACGGCUUUCAACGGCGUCGGGCCGAUCAAUGGUGUCACCAUGGGUGGUUUUGGUAUGCCCGCACAAGAUUCCGACAUUGGUUUGCCGGGAGCACCAGGAGGCCUUGACGACGUAGCAACCUACAUGCACUUGGCCAUAGUGAUCUCGGCCAGCGAGUACAAGGCUGCAUCACUCCGCUGGUGGAACGCCGCCUGGUCACUGGCUAGGGAGCUUAAACUUGGCAAGGAAGUGCCUGUGACACCGCCUCCGGAGCCGAAUGACGAAGAUGCACCUGGAGACCUUGAUGCGGAACAUAUGGGCGCAGGAUACCCAACCAGUCAACACACAUCCAUGGACUUCACAGAAGAGCAAAGGGAAGAGCGCAGACGUAUAUGGUGGCUGCUGUUCACUGUUGAUCGCCACCUAGCGUUAUGCUACAACCGACCGUUGUCUUUAUUAGACGUCGAAUGUUCGGGCCUGCUGCAGCCACUUGACGAUAACGUAUGGCAAUCUGGCGAAUUCUUCGAGGACUCCGCUCAAUCGUUUUCAGAUUCCACACUUCAUCGACGAUCUCGAGGGCCUGCCUUUGAGUGCACCGGACACUCCAUUUUCGGAUUUUUCCUUCCUUUGAUGACCAUCCUUGGGGAGAUUACCGAUCUAUAUCAUGCGCGCAACCACCCUCGUUUUGGGACGAAGACCGACUGGGAUCACCACGCGCUCGAGAUCAGUCAACAGCUGGUGGUAUAUGGGCAGUCACUCCAAGAGCUACGAAAUCGCGCAGUGAACGAGGCCAACGCUGAACGCGAACCAUCACACCCCGACACACCAUCUGGGCGGUCUGUCAACUCUACUAUGUCCAGGGCGCAAGAGUCAUUGAUGCAUGCUAAGAUUGUGGAGGCGUAUGGUACGCAUCUCAUGCACACGCUUCACAUCCUGCUCAAUGGUAAAUGGGAUCCUAUCUCGCUACUUGAUGACAACGACCUCUGGAUAUCUUCGCAAAGUUUCGUCGAUGCAACCGGUCAUGCGGUAUCAGCCGCCGAAGCAUUGAAUGAGAUUCUGGAAUACGAUCCGGACCUAAGCUUCAUGCCGUUUUUCUUCGGCAUCUACCUCCUGCAAGGAAGUUUCCUGCUACUGCUCAUAGCCGACAAGCUGCAAGGAGAUGCAAGUCCGAACAUCGUGCGAGCAUGCGAAGUGAUAGUCCGCGCGCAUGAAGCAUGCAUCGUCACCCUCAAUACCGAAUAUCAGCGAAAUUUCCGCAAAGUCAUGCGUUCUGCUUUGCAGCAAGUGCGCGGCCGCGGCAUGGACGAACACGCCCAACUUGCGCAACAGCGUCGGCGCGAAAUGUUGAGUCUCUAUCGUUGGAGCGGCGACGGCACAGGGCUCGCACUCUGA